GUAGCAGCAACCCUGUCUCGCGACGAACUCUAUUUCACCUGUCAUUCACUGUAGUCAUUCACACGGCUUUGGUCUUUUUGUGCAACCAACGAAAAACGAACCAAGUGGAGGCGGGAAGAAGGAGACCUUUUACAUACCGUUGGGCCGGGCCAUUGAGACCAGGGAUUGACUGACUGCGAGUGUUAUUCUCUCUCGUUUUCUCACACACACGCACACAUACAUACACACACAAUCACACACACAUCCACAGUCCAUCAUGGCGCUCGGUACACGAUCCAACCAGACACUAGUGGUUGGUUUGGCGGCUGCGGCGACCGCUAGUCUCUUGUUGUACUACGUCGUGCAAGCCCGGACCCGACCAACUUCGGAUUCCUCGCCCCGCGACACCACCGAUCGCAAGUCUCGAUCGGUAGAAUUCACCACACCGUCACCGAAAAAGACCUCCGGGCCUUUAACGAAGGCGGUCGGGAAAGGAGAAGCAGCGGACGGAUCCGAGGACCAGACACCCAUUGUGAAGAACACGGCGAAAGACGCGGAAAAAGAAGUAAACGCCAAAAUUGAACUCUUGGACAAGAAGGGGAAGGAUCUCUUCAAGAACAAACAGUACCUCGAUGCCGCGGAAACAUUCACGGAAGCGCUCACGCUCAUUGAAACCAGCGAUACGAGCGGUUCCGUCCAGAACACAUCGUCCUCUUUGCAUCGCCAAUUGAUUACCUUGCUCAACAAUCGCUCCGCCAUGUACGAAAAAGGCAACCAGCCCGAAUUGGCCCUGGAAGAUUGCACGCAAAUACUCGACCAGGAUGUGCAUCACGCCAAAGCCCGCACGCGGAAACUCCGCGUUCUGGAAAGUCUCGGUCGUUGGCACGAUGCACUCGUCGAGGUCUGCGCCGUGCAGCUUUUGUUUAUGCGCAAACACCGGGACAGCAUGCGACUCGGCUUGAAGGUACCGCCGCCUCCCGUUCCCGAAUCCAAAAUGCAAGAAAUUCUCACCAACGUUGUGCCGUUGGAAAUGGAACCCUACAUCCAAGCGCUCAACGAAAAAACCACGCGACCACUGCCAUCGGGCUACACGAUCCUGCAAUUGCUCCGCUCCUUUACGUCCUACAAUAGCUGGAUGGCGCAAGCGGCCAAAGACGGCAACGUCGCGAACAUUGACAAGGAGUUGGUGGAAGGCGUGGAUGCGGCGAGUAAAGCACAGCGCGUGCACGUCCUACUGAAACGCGGACGCCGGCACGUGUACGACCGGGCUUUUGAAAACGCCAGUGACGAUUUCGAACAAGCCUACGCUCUGGCCGAAACCAAUGAGGUGCAACUAUUGUUGGAAGGAGACGACUACGCUCGCGUGUUGGAAUGGACGGGCAUGGUCAAGCACUGGCGAUACAAGCUGGACGAAGCCUCGGCUUGUUACGAAAAGUGUGCCGAUCUAGAGCCGACCAAUGCCUUGGUGCUGGUAAAGAAUGCCGGAGUCAAAAUGGACGGUUCCCACCAAGACGAAGCCAUGAAACUGUUCGACACUGCCCUGGGACUCGAUCCGAAAAACGCCGACGCGCUCUUGCACCGUGCUAAUCUGCGACUGUUGCAAACCAAGCCAGACGAAGCCAAGGAAGAUCUGGAAGCCUGCAUUGCGGUGCGACCCGACCAUAUUAUGGCCCGUCUCCGACUGGCGUCCAUUUUGGCCGCGACGAACGAAGCGGCCAAGGCGAAAAAGCACUUGGACGCGGCCGAAAAAGUGGAGCCCAAAUCGUCCGAAGUGCAAUCGUACCGAGGCGAGCUACACUUUACGCAAGGAGAAUUCGACCAGGCCCGUGCGCAGUUUGAAAAGGCCAUUGCGCUGGACCCCACCAAUCCCACUCCGUACGUGAACGCCGCCAUGGCUAUUUUGCAGACGCCACCGCCGCCGGGACAAAUGCCGGAUGCGCAGGAGGUAAUUCGUCUGUUGGAAGAAGCCAUUCGUGUCGAUCCGUCGUUUACGUUGGCGUACACGCAUCUCGGCAACGUGAAACUUGGAACCGCCACGGAACUUUCCAGUGCUCGUGAAGUGGUGACGCUGUACGACCAGGCACUGGCCAACUGCCGAUCGGAAGAAGAAAUCAAGGAACUGUGCAGUAUGCGCAUUCUAGCGGUAGCUCAAGUAGAGGCAGCCAGCAUGCUGAAAAUGGAAUCCUUCAACAUGCAAUAGAGCGUACGAGAACAGUCAUUAAGCAACUACUCGACGAGGAGACU